UGGGAAUUGGGGAAGGCAAGAAGAGGAGGAAAAGAAGAUGCCGAAGGCAAUAAUUGUCGGUGGAAGCAUCGCCGGAGUAUGCUGCGCCCACUCCCUAAUCCACGCCGGAUGGAAAGUGACGGUGGUCGAGAAAUCACCCAGUCCACCUACCGGCAGCGCAACCGGCGCCGGACUUGGACUCGACCCUCAGUCGCGCCAAAUCAUCGCUUCCUGGCUUCCAGUUCCAGACCUUCUCCACCAAUCCACUCUCCCUCUCACCAUCGACCAGAACCAGGCGACCGAUGCUGAAACGAAAUCCAGUUGGGUGCUUGCCAGAGACGAAGAGUUCAAUUUCAGAGCAGCUCACUGGACUGAUCUUCACCACCUCCUGUACACUGCUUUGCCUCCGGAAGCAGCUUCGUUUCUAUGGGGCCAUCUCUACCUCUCCUUUAGCAUUUCUCAGGAUAACUCGAAACCAUCGGUCUCUGUUCAGGCCAGAACUCUCCAAACCGGGGAGAUCGUCGAGAUUAAUGGGGAUUUGCUUGUGGCCGCUGAUGGGUGUCUCUCCGCCGUUCGUCGGGCUUUCCUCCCUGACCUGGAAUUGAGGUAUUCCGGUUACUGCGCAUGGAGAGGCGUGCUUGAUUUCUCAGAGAAUGAAGAUUCCGACACCAUUACAGGCAUUCGUAGGGCGUAUCCCGAUCUGGGUAAGUGUUUGUAUUUCGAUCUUAGCACCAAGGGAACUCACAGCGUGUUCUACGAGCUUCUCAACAAGCGGCUCAAUUGGAUUUGGUACGUUCAUCAUCCACAGCCCGAACUGAAGGGGAGUUCAGUGACGAUGAAAGUAAGCAAGGAGAUGAUCCAAGACAUGAUCCAGAAAGCAGAGGAAGUUUGGACUCCCGAACUGGUGAGAGUUAUGGCGGAGACAAAGGAGCCGUUCCUGAACUUGAUAUAUGAUUGUGAGCCCUUGGAGAAGCUCUUCUGGGACAAUGUGGUGUUGGUUGGUGAUGCAGCUCACCCUACAACUCCACACUGCCUGAGAAGCACGAACAUGUCAAUUCUAGAUGCAGCAGUGUUAGGGAAGUGCGUCGAGAAGUCGGGGGUUGAGAAUUUGAGCUCGGGUCUCGAUGAGUAUCAGCAGAUUCGUUUGCCGGUGAUUUCCAAGCAGGUCAUCCAUUCGCGGCAUGUGGGAAGGAUCAAGCAACGGUUGAGUGUUCCUGAUCGGAAGCUCUUUGAUCCAAAGGCAGCUAGAUCGCUGGAUUGUGAAGAGAUUCAGCAGAAAAACAUGCCCUUAUUUUCUAGUGCUCCUCUUUCUCUGCAUUGAUUUGGUUAUUGGUAAUGUAGCUCUGGUGAUCAAGUUAUCCACGCCAGUAAUCUGUACUGUAAGAGCAAUCAUCUGGAUUUGUAAGAGCAUCCAUUAGUAAAAAUAACCCAUUGCU